UUUUGAUGGUUACAACACAAUGAGUAAUCUUUAUCACGCAUAAUGAUCGUCUGUGCCGCGCAUACAUGCAGUAGAAAACGUCCAGUUAUUAUGGAUAAGAAUUACGGGAUCCUCCUUUAGCAUUGUUUUGUUGCGUGAUUUAGCCAGGUUCUGCCGGAAAGCUAUGAGGAUGCCGAUGGAGCUAUCAGUAUUAAUUUACAAAUUUUUGACGGAUGAUCAGGUGCGACGUCUCCAACUGUGGACUGUUUGAUGGCUAGUUUAAUCGCACAACCGUUUUGUAGACGCUUCUGGUUAAAAUGUUCCUUGAUAAUCUUCUGCCUAAGCCUGUUCCUCAUGUCUGUAUCGUUUAUUGUCAACGGCACUGGAAAUUUCGUUCCACAAUUUCAGUUUGAGCUGUUCAAAUCCGCUUCCGCAUUCCUCGAUACGCGGUCUGCCGAUAAGUAUUUGACUACAGAUUUAAAUGUGUUUGGGAAUCAUUCCGAAUCUCCGCUGAACUCAUCAGUGUCGCAGAAUGAUACCUUAUCUUCAACACUUCCAUGGUGUCCAGACAUGUCACCACUUCUGGUUGGUCCUAUUCACGCAUCGACUGAUACGGUGACCGAACAGCAGAUUGUCACAGCCAAUCCCCGCGUUCAGCCGGGUGGAGCGUAUCAACCGGUCGAGUGCCGUUCGCGACGUCGCGUGGCCGUGAUUAUUCCGUACAGGGACCGCAAAGAACAUCUCGAUAUUUUCCUGAAUAACAUCCAUCCCUUUUUACAAAAGCAGCAGCUGGACUAUCGUGUCUUUCUUGUGGAACAAUCUGGCACUUACUCAUUUAACCGGGGCACGUUAAUGAAUGUUGGAUACGUCGAAGUUGCGCGGGAUUAUCCUGCGUACGACUGUUUUAUAUUUCACGAUGUAGAUUUGCUACCGGAAGACGACCGAAAUCCUUAUUGGUGUCCCACCAUUCCGACAAUUUUGGCUUCAGCGAUAGAUCGGAAUCAAUACAGAAUGCCCUAUCCGGGAUACUUCGGUGCCGCGGUAUCUUUCACAAAGCAGCAGUUUGCCACCAUCAACGGUUUUCCUAAUGUGUACUGGGGAUGGGGAGGGGAAGAUGACGACACUGGCGGGCGCGUACUAAGGAAAUUUUACAGGGUAAACCAGUCACCGGUAGAGCUUGGCCGUUACAAAAUGAUCAAACAUGGCGCGGACAAGGGAAAUCCGAAAAACAAAGAUCGCUUUGAUUUGUUGUUUAAUGCCGUGUCCAGAUACAAAACGGAUGGCUUGUCCAGUUUGAAUUACAGUGUGCUGGCCAGUGAAAUUAGGCCGUUGUACACAUGGUUCCUAGUCGACAUUGGUAAACCUCCGGGCGCUCCUGUGGUAACACAGUUCCGUCACAGUGCUGGUGGCUUGUGGCCGGUUUGAAAUGUGAUUAUACUCAUACGAUGCAGACGUUUUGUGUACGAACUGGUAUAUUCACACGGGUGUUCCUUUUCCAGGCACGCGAUGAAAUGUUGAGGGUUUUUGACUGUUUUUCUACAUUAUGCGAUGUGAAGCUGCAGCGUCGCGUUCUAGUCGUAUGA